UUGUUGCUGCAGUUUCUGCUGGUGAUGUCCCAUUGAAUGCUGUUCAGCUACUUUGGGUAAAUCUUAUUAUGGACACCUUGGGUGCGCUUGCACUGGCCACAGAACCACCAACUGAUCAUCUAAUGCGCCGAGCUCCUGUUGGUCGAAGGGAACCUCUCGUCACCAAUAUAAUGUGGAGAAACCUAUUAAUACAGGCUCUGUAUCAAGUUACAGUUCUCCUAAUCCUCAAUUUCCGAGGUGAACAAAUUCUUCAUUUGGAGCAUGAGACGAGGGAGCAUGCUGUUAAAGUGAAGAAUACCUUGAUUUUCAAUGCUUUUGUCCUGUGUCAGGUUUUCAAUGAAUUCAAUGCUCGGAAGCCAGAUGAGAUAAAUGUAUUCAGAGGAGUCCACAAAAACCGUCUGUUCAUUUCAAUCAUCGGCUUCACAUUGGUGCUUCAGGUUAUCAUAAUAUUCUUUCUUGGAAAAUUCGUUUCAACUGUGAGACUGAGUUGGCAAUUGUGGCUUGUUUCAAUAGUCAUUGGACUUAUAAGCUGGCCCCUUGCUGCUCUUGGGAAGUUGAUACCUGUCCCUGAGAAGCCAUUUGGGGACUACUUUUCCAAGAAAUUACCGAGACGAAGAAAUCAACAGGAGUGUUCAUAGACAUUUAUACAUACACGAAUUUAACUAACAAGUGUCUCUGCGUUUUGUAAGGGUGGCGUUUCUUUUGCUACUGUACAGAAAUUUGCCGCUAAUAUUUUACUAGUUGGGUCAUUUUGUGAAUGUAGUAGAACAGCAUAAACAUAUAUUUCUUGAUUGCCUCUUUAAAUUCGGAUGUAGGCGCCUCUGCAGCAGAUUCGAAUUUUGCUGGUAUGUACUCCACUUAUGUUCUCGGAGGUUUAAAAAAAAAGCCUUUUCUGCUGUUCAUAUAACAUGAGUUUAUUCUGUUAUACGAGGAAUUGAUUACAUAGCAAUUUGCUUUA